CGGUAAAGAAGAGCACCUCCAGGCAAGAUGGAACUGGAUGGUGAUACGACAUCUCGCGAUGCACCCUUCCUACUGCCGGCGUAUGUGGAGUAACGCGGUUGUGUCAUAAUUGCGGUGGAGUUCCCACCGGCAUCUGAGAAGCGGUGCAUAUGUAGGCCGGACUAGCGACCGACAUACGAUGAUUCAGCGAAGCAGAAUAUUACAACGGAGACGAUACGGCGAAGGCGGCCACUUCCCUAGCACAUAAAUCUCGCGCGAUGAAGGAGCUUGGAUUGCCAGAGUCCUUCGUCGUGUGCCAUGUCUCACGGAAAGCAGUUCACGCUAUUUACUCAUCUCGGCGGUGGCCCCAACGGUUGGAAAGUGGCGAUGGUUCUUGUCGAACUAGGCUUGGAGUACGAGCCGAAGUACCUCGACUUCAGCAAGGACGAACACAAGGCAUCGGAACACUUGCAGUACAAUCCUAAUGGAAGGAUACCAACGUUGAUCGAUCACGCGAAUGACGAAUUUGCUAUCUGGGAGUCAAAUGCCAUCAUCACCUACCUAGUCGACAACUACGAUCCAAAACGCAAGAUCUCCGCUGCAGAUCCUAGAGAGAACUGGCAACAGCUACAGUGGCUCAUCUUCCAAGCGUCCGGACAAGGACCGUACUUCGGACAGGCGUACUGGUUCAUGAAGUAUCAUCAUGAAAUCAUUCCGAGCGCCAUUGACCGCUACCGGAGGGAGACAAUCCGAGUACUCACUGUGCUUGAGAGCGUCCUUUCGAAGCAAGAAUGGCUUGUGGGCGGAAAGUGCUCCGUUGCGGAUAUCUCAUUUGUGCCAUGGAACGUCGUGGCUCUCGACAUCAUGCGGCAAUGGAACGUGGUGGAUUUCAAGGUGAUAAUGGCCGACUACCCCGACUUCGAUCUGGAGCGAGACUAUCCGGCAGUCCACCGCUGGCACAAUGCAUUACUAGCGAGGCAGCCUGUGGCCGAAAUCCUUGCAAUGCGACGCUCUAUGGUGACGCAGGCCGCUGCGCGCGUAGGUGCUUAGAGGCUUGACCUCGAUUCAAACUUGGAAGCAAUGUAGCAGGAUGAACGAAAUGAGCUGGUUCUGCUGAUGACUGUUACGGGAUCGAUUCUAGAACGCAUGGAAUCGACCCGAGCGUAGAGGAGACGGAUGAUCGAAACGAUAUCCUCCACCCUCCGCAUCAAUA